GACUCCACUGCAUCUAUGGACACGCUGGCCAGUAAACAAAUACCGGUUACGAGACUGAUAACAAACUGGCGUUACGCCGAAUCGAUGGACCAGCGGCCAGGAACCAGUAUUGCCCACGAGUGCGAGGGGCAGACGGUUGCCAGGGGGGGAAUCCCGAUUAGUUAUACGAUCGACUUUAUUGCCGCUCGAGAACCGAGACCCGAGAUUCUGAAACCGAGCUGUCGUCGCAACCAUUCGAUUUUGUGUUUGUCCAGUUCAGAUCGCGCACUCGUCGGCUCCAGACGUCUUCUUGAGCACUUCCCAGUGCCAAUAGAGGCAGCGGAUAUAUACAUAUAUAUAUAUAAAGUCUUCAGACGAUCGCGAGUUUCAUCAGUUUGCCAAGUGUCCAGGGAAGAUCACAGCGGCACGUGCUAA